AUGACAUUCACAAGUCUUCUUGCUGACGAAUUAGGCCCAAACCUUGCUGGAAAAUUAUUAUCAAUGGAUUUCGAUCAACCAGUUUCUUUUAUGAUUGGUGAAACAUCGCAUGAAAUUUUAACCAAAAUUCAACAAACAUUUAGUCGUCAAAUCUGUGGUAAAAACAUAUGUGAUGAUCAUUGUGUAUCAUGUUCAUUAAGUCCACCAAUUUAUGCAAAAUUAAUUUGGUUUGUUCAACGAUUACUUUUAAUGAGUCCAUUACACAAACCUUUUAUUCAACAAAUAUCAUUAAAAGAUGAAAAUUUAUCAUCUAUAAAAGAUAAAGCGGCAACAAAUGAUAAUCAUAUGGAAAAAAAUGAUGAGAGAAUAUUGACUAAAGUAAGUUUUUAA